CUACUGCGCGUGCGCGACGCUGCGACACGCUCCACCCCGUCGCGGGUUCCCAGGGGGCGAUGGGAAGCGGAAGUGCUCGGCUGACCUGGGAGGACGGUUCCUGGUUCAUACUGGCUGCUGUCGUCGGUCUCUGAGGUUUCAGGCUCUUGGCGGUGAAGGUCAGAGUGCAGACCUGAAACUACUGCUCACGGACUUCAGACUCCAGUUUAUCUGUGCCCCGGCUUCCUGACUUAGUCUCAGAAGAUUUAGGCUGAGGCCCCGGGAGGAGAUCUCCAUCCUUUAUCCAGAGCAGAGCAGGAUGGCCGUGUCCCAGGAAUCAUUGACCUUCAAGGACGUGUUCGUGGACUUCACCCUCGAGGAGUGGCAGCAACUGGACUCUGCCCAGAAGAACCUCUACAGGGACGUCAUGCUUGAGAACUACAGCCACCUGGUGUCCGUGGGGUAUCUGCUUGCCAAGCCAGAUAUGAUCUUCAGGUUGGGACCAGGAGAAGAGUCCUGGAGGGCAGAUGGAGGGACCCCGGUGCGCACCUGUGCAGAAGUCUGGCAAGUUGAUGAGCAGAUAGAUCGCUACGAGGAAAGCCAAGACAAACUUCUGUGGCAAGCUGCAUUCAUAGGCAAGGAAACACUGAAGGAUGAAAGUGAUCAAGAAUGCAGAACACGUAGCAAAAGCAUUUAUCUCAGCACAGACUUUGAUUCUGUAAGACAAAGACUCCCUAAAUAUCAUUCAUGGGAAAAGGCAUUCAAAACAUAAUUUAAACUUUCUUAGUCAAAAUAGAAGCUAUGUAAGAAAGAAAGAUGAUGGAUGUAAGGCAUAUUGCAAAGUAUGCCUCCAUUCUAACCUUCAUAAAGCUCAACCUGCGGAGAAAUUUUUUGACCCUAAUCAAUGAGGGAAAGCCCUCCACCAAAAGCAAGCGCUUCAGAAAAGUCAGAGAAGUCAAACUGGGGAGACACUCUACAGAUGUACUCAAUGUGGAAAAGGGUUUAUCCAGAAAGUAAACUUAGUUGUACAUCCAAGGACUCACAUCGGAGAGACACCUUAUGAAUGCUGUGAAUGUGCAAAAGCCUUCAGCCAGAAGUCAACCCUCAUAGCACACCAGAGAACUCACACAGGGGAGAAGCCCUAUGAAUGCAGUGAAUGUGGAAAAACCUUUAUCCAGAGGGCACCACUUAUUAAACUUAAGAAAAUUCAUAUGGACAGGGACCCUAUAAAUGUAGUGUCUGUGAGAAAGCCUUCAGUAGGAAGUCAGCUCUCAUGAAACAGAUAAUUCACGUGGGAGAAACCUUACAACUGUAAUGAAUGUGGGAAAUCGUUCAGUGUUAAAUCAACUCUUACUGUAUGUCACAACAUAUAUGCGUAAGUUGCAUGCUAUUGUGAGUAGUGUCAUGAAAUUUUGCACUGUCCUGCUCUUUGCUGCUCAGGAUGCAAUUCAGUGAAUCAUCUUUUUUUUUUUUUUUUUGAGAUGGAGUCUUGCUCUGUCGCCCAGACUGGAGUGUAGUGGCACAGUCUUGGCUCACUGCAACCUCCACCUGCCGGGUUCAACCAAUCCUCCUGCCUCAGCCUCCCAAGUACGUGGGAUUACAGGCGUGCGCCACCACACCUAACUAAUUUUUGUUUUCUUAAUAGAGGUGGAACUUCACCAUGUUGGUCAGGCUGGUCUUGAACCCCUGACCUCAAGUGAUCCUCCUGCAUCAGCCGCCCAAAGUGCUGGGAUUAAAGGUGUGAGCUGCUGCGCCUGGCUUGAAUCAUCCUUUUGUCCAGUAUUAUAUCCAUGCUGUAUAUGCUACCUGCCCAUUAGCCACUUAGCUGUCUCAGUUGUCAGAUUGACUGUCAUGGGAUUGCAGUGCUUGCAUUAAAGCUACCCUUAUUGUAUAAUGACCCCAAACUGCAAGAGUAGUGAUGUUGGCAAUUUGCAUAUGCCAAAAAUAAGCUAUAAAGUGCUCCCUUAAAUUGAAAUGGUGAAAGUUCUUGACUUAAUAAAGAAAAAAAAAAAAUACAUGCUGACGUUGUUAAAAUUUACAGUAAGAAUGAAUCUUCUAUCCAAGAAAUUGUGAAGAAGGAAAAAGAAACUUGUGUUAGUUUUGUUGUCACACCUCAAACUGCAAAAGUGAUGGCCACAGUGCAAGGUAAGUGCUAAGAUGAAAAAGACAUUAAACUUGUGGGUGGGAGGCAUGACUAGAAAUGGGUUCUGACAGAAAUCAGGUUCAGUACUAUUCACAGUUUCAGGCAUCCACUAGGGAUCUUGGAACAUAGCUCCCACAGAUAAGGGAGGAUUACUGCACACUGUCAUAAUGUGCAUCAAAGAAUUCACUGAGUGUAAUCAUGUAAAUCUAAUACUAAAAAGCCCCCAGAUACAAUUUAGCCUUCAGUAGAUAGAAGAAAACUCAAGUUACUCAAAUCAUUCAAUAAAUGAUAAAUUCUUUU